UGAAAGUGCGCGCGCAAGCUGGCUGCUGAGUGGGUGUGUAUAUAUAAGGUUGGGUGGGUGCGGCUCCCUGCCUGGCUUCCACAGUGUCUUGUGUCAGUGUGUAACAGCUGCGCCUUCAUCACCAUCAAACAUUUAACAAUGGCUGACGACUGGCCCUCAUAUGGUACUGAUGAAAACAAGGAGUACCGCUACAGGAACAUCUCUGGAAAGACACUACACUUCCAGGUGAAGGCCGCCCAUGAUGCCCACAUUGCUUUCACCUCUGCCAGCGAGGAGACUGACCCCAUGCUGGAAGUGUUCAUUGGUGGCUGGGAAGGUGCAGCUUCUGCCAUCAGAUUCAAGAAAACUGACGACUUGGUGAAGGUGGACACACCAGACAUCUUGAGCGAGGAGGAAUUCAGAGAAUUCUGGAUUGCUUUUGACCACGAUGAGGUUCGUGUUGGCAAGGGUGGUGAGUGGGAGCCAUUCAUGCAGGCCCCUAUUCCUGAGCCUUUCCCAAUCACUCAUUAUGGCUACUCCACUGGCUGGGGUGCUAUUGGCUGGUGGCAGUUCCAUGGUGAAAGAAAAUUUGCCACCGAAGAUUGCCUUACCUACAACUAUAUACCAGUAUAUGGCGACACGUUUGAAUUUAGUGUUUCCUGUAGCAACGAUGCCCAUUUAGCAUUAACAUCUGGACCAGAAGAUACUACACCCAUGUACGAAGUAUUCAUUGGUGGCUGGGAGAACCAGCACUCUGCCAUCCGCCUCAAUAAGGGAGAAGACAUGAUUAAAGCAGAUACCCCUGACGUAGUAUGUGCUGAAGAAGCCCGGAAGUUCUGGGUGUCCUUCAAGAAUGGUCGUAUCAGGGUUGGCUACAAGGACACGGAUCCCUUCAUGGAGUGGACAGAUCCAGAACCUUGGAAGGUGACUCACAUUGGCUACUGCACAGGCUGGGGUGCCACAGGAAAGUGGCAGUUUGAAUACUAGGUCCAUAGUGGAAAUUAAACUUCCUCCACAUCUGUCGCGUUAGCUUAAUAAAAGAAUAAAUGGCAA